AUGAACUUAGAAGGCAGCCGCGGCGGUAGCAGCAGCAGCAGCAGCGGCAGCAGCGUCGAGGGCGGCGGGAUGAGCUCGGUGAGCUGCGGCAACGGGAAACUCCGGCAGUGGCUGAUCGAGCAGAUUGACAGCGCCAAAUACCCGGGCCUGAUAUGGGAGAACGAGGAGAAGAGCAUCUUUCGCAUCCCUUGGAAGCACGCGGGCAAACAGGACUACAACCGCGAGGAGGACGCCGCGCUCUUCAAGGCUUGGGCUCUAUUCAAAGGGAAAUUCAGAGAAGGCAUUGAUAAACCAGAUCCUCCCACUUGGAAGACAAGGCUGCGUUGUGCUUUGAACAAGAGCAAUGAUUUUGAAGAACUGGUGGAAAGAAGCCAACUAGACAUAUCAGACCCAUAUAAAGUAUAUAGAAUAAUACCGGAAGGAGCAAAAAAAGGAUCAAAACAACUUAGCCUGGAAGAUCCACAGAUGAUUAUGAACAACGCUUUCACUCUAAAUUCAUCAUAUUCUGCACUACAGCCUCAGGUGCCUAACUACAUGGUACCUCAUGACCGUAACUGGAGGGAAUACGUACCAGACCAGUCCCAUCCUGAUCUUUCAUACCAGUGUACAAGUGUCUCUUUUCCACCUCGUAAUCAUCACUGGCAAGGCCCAUCAUGUCAGAAUGGUUGUCAAGUAACUGGGACUUUUUAUGCUUGUGCACCACCUGAGACACAGACUUCUGGCAUCCCAAUAGAGGGAAAUAUCAGAUCUACUGAAGGUCUUCCCUUGUCAGAUUGUCGAUUGCACAUCUGUUUGUAUUAUCAUGAAACUCUCGUAAAAGAAGUCACAACUUCAAGUCCUGAGGGCUGUAGGAUAACUCAUGGUCAUAGUUAUGAGAUCAGCAGCAUGGACCAAGUUAUGUUCCCUUACCCGGAAGAUCAUAACCAGAGGAAAACAACUGAAAAAUUGCUUUCUCACCUGGAAAGAGGAGUAAUACUCUGGAUGACCCACGAUGGCCUGUAUGCCAAGAGACUUUGUCAAAGCCGGAUAUAUUGGGAUGGGCCUCUGGCAUUCUGUAGCGACAGGCCUAACAAAUUGGAAAGAGAACAGCCGUGCAAGCUUUUUGAUACUCAGAAAUUUUUAUCAGAACUGCAAAUAUUUGCCCACCAUGGGCGCCCAUUACCUAGAUUCCAGAUUGUGUUAUGUUUUGGAGAAGAGUUUCCUGAUCCACAAAGACAGAGAAAGCAAGUUACAGCCCACGUUGAACCAGUGUUUGCUAGGCAGCUGUACUAUUUUGCACAGCAAAACACCGGACCUUUUCUGAGAGGGUACGAUAUAUCAGAACAGAUAACCACUUCAGAAGAUUAUCAUAGAUCCAUCCACCAUUCCUCUGUUCAGGAAUAA